UUUGGAAAUUUGGGCAAGCGUCAUGUUUGGGCUUCACUGCUUGGGAUAUGGACUUCAAGCAUAUGGACUUCUGGACGAAGGAAAUGAGAAGUCAUCAUAGACGUUUAUCUAAGGAAAUGGGCAGAUGGAUUAUUGUAGAGACCAUGGUACAAUUGAAUGCACACGUGCACAGAAGAUGACAUGUCAAAUUAAAAAUAAAACAUACGGAUGGGGAUGAAAGGGUACGAUUGUACUUUUAGGAAGUACAAUUUAUGGGAAUUCGGUCUUCCGGCUUCCACUUCCCUAGAAAUCUGCUAAAUAUACGCACCACACCCGUCGACCUGUAAUGGCAAUAACUGCAGUUCCAAAAUUAACUAAAUUCAAAUAAGGAAUCUUUAAGAUUUAUUCUACACUUACACCUCACCCGUCGACUGAAAGUACACGAAUCUGCGAAAAAAGUGCAAUACAAGGAAGAAUAUGAGUACUCUCCAAGAGGAGCACCUUAUGAUGACCGGAAAUGUGUCAGCCGUGCCAACCAUCGAAGGUGAUAUGCGGAUUGAAAGAGUCCGGGUGACUAAGAAUGCACAAUAUAUUCAUGUUAGGCUUUGUGACAAAUCCAAACGAAGGAGAAGUGCAAGGUUGUUGAACACAAAAGUGAAUUUGGCAUUGGGUGAAAGUGCACCAGUAGACAAAGAUGUUACUUCAAAUGUGGAUGAGGAGAAUACAGAUACUGAUGAUGACUUCGAAUCGCCUCCGCGAAAAAUUGUGCAGAAAGAGGGUGGAAAUAUGAGUAAAGGUGGAGAGGAAGUGAGCAAAAGAAAGAAAGGGAAGUUAAGGAUAAUGAAGGAGGGAUUCAAGACAUUGACUACUAGAUCUUCUCCUUGCGUACUAGUAAGAGCCGUUCAAGAAAUGAAUGAAAAGCAAAAGGAGGUUGUAGAAAAGAUAGGUUUUGGAAGCAUCCUGCACUUACAAAUAACAGAGCUGCCUUCCAAACUUGCAUAUUGGGUUGUGAAUGCAUUCAACCCAAAGAACUGUAAGCUUACAAUUGCAGAUAACACCAGCGUGCAUAUAAAAGAAGAGGAUGUUGAAUGUGUCUUGGGUUUUCCAAGGGGGAAAGAAUUGAUUCUGAAGAAAAAUAGAAACAGGAAAAGUGAGAUUUUGGAUGAGUGGAGAGCAAUGUUUCAGAAAAAAGAACAUCAAAUAACUCCUUCAGAGGUUUGUGUAGCCAUGCUGAGGUGUAGUGAAGGUGGAAUCUGGUUUAUCAGGCACUUUAUAGUACUAGUGAUAUCAGUCAUGCUUGAUAGUUGUCAGAAUGGUUAUGUAAAAUACCAAAUCCUAAGCCAAUUGGAGAAUGAAAGUGCAGUGAAGAACAUGAAUUGGUGUGAGUACACCAUGUCAAGUUUGAUUCAAAAUAGAGUGUCCUGGGAGAAGAAGAAAGACAAGAGCUUCACAGGGCCACUGGUAUUCUUGCUGGUAUUUUAUGUUGAUCGAGUUGUGUUGUAUAAGAGAGCUGUUGAUAGGUUGAUUCCAGGAAUUUGUGCAUGGACAACGACAUUGUUGAGGGCAAGAGAAAAUGCAGAAAUUAAGGCCGGAGGGUUUGGUCAAGGAUACAUUGAUGAACAAUUGAAUCUGGGUAUGGCAGAAAGUGCAUCUCAAAAAUCAAAGACUGCACAGGAUAAAGAAAAAGGUGAUAGACUAAGGCCGGAGACUGGGGAUUGUUCAGGAGAAAUAAUAAGCGAAGAGGAGUUGCUUUCCAAAUUGGCUGAAAAAACAGACUCUCUGGUAACUAUUACCAUUGACAUCAUAAAUCUUGUGCAGCAGGCCCCAAGUACACUGUUGCUAAAUGAGAACUUCAACAAAAUACUGGGAACAGCAAAAAAACUUAUGAGCCUAGCUGAAAAUCAUUCACUUGUGCUUAAUGCAACUCCAGGGUCACAUGAUGAGGGGGUGAAUGCUGAUGAAGUGUUUUGGUCGAAUCCUAACAACCUCAAAGUGUUGGAUGCUGCUUCAAAAGCCUUUCUAAAAAGGAAAGAAUACACAAAGAUGAUGCACGAUGUGCCUACUUUUAGUCUAGGAAUGACACAAGAACAAGGUGCUGGGCAGGGAUCUAACAUGAAUGUUGAGGCCCAAGUUCAUGAGGUUGGAACAAAUGUACAGGAAAAGAAUACUAAAGUGCAACAGCUUCGUAAAGUUGAAAUGGUGGCAGCCCCUACUAAUGUACAUGAUUACGGGAUUUAUUGCAUGUGCCACAUGGAAACUUAUAAAGGUGAUGGAUUACAGGGAUGGGAGUGUGGCCUGAGGAGAGGUGAUAAGAGGCAGAUUGCUGGUUUGAGAGUUAAAUAUGUGUCAGCCAUACUCUGUGCAGAUGCCAAUGAGUUGAAAUUGCAAAAUUUGAUGAAAGCAAGGGAGUUUGCAAAGAACAAGAAGGAAGGAAAAAAGGUUGGAAAGAUUUGAGAAGACUUUAAGUACUAUGUAGAAGGUGUUAAAGUUAAACAAUAUUUCGUUUGUUUGGAAUGACUUAAAUUGUAGUGAUGGUGGUUUUAUGUUGAACAAACAUUGUGGUGUGACAUUGUGUUUUGAUUACAGUUAGGUUGGUAUAGUACGUUUUUUGGGUAUUAUAAUCACUUUAAUCCUAUGCUAAAAGGUAUUGUUAUACUCG